UCACUGUUCUUCGUCGGUAUUCUUUCUUGAUUAGUGAUUGAUUAUUAUCCAUGGAUUAUCAUCAGAAGGAGGUAAAGAUUUUGUCAAUCUGAACCAAUCAUCACUUCAAUUGCAAUUGAUUUCUCUACAAGUCCUGAUCCUGAAUCAGAAAUGCCUCUGAGAUCCAUCUAUGGAGAGGGAGGCUAACCUUCCUGGAUCUUCACCGAGUAAGAGAAGUCUGGUCAACCAGCAUGAAUCACAUCUUCACCAUUGUUCAUCCUCAAACACUUCGUCUUCUUCCUCGUCCUUCCCUUCUUCUUCACCGGGUUUACUUCGGCAGGUACAAGCCGCUUUCAAACGUCAUGGACCUCGAGGGACAGUGCCAUUGACAAAUAUGAGGCCAAGGCGUGCAGUGGUUUCACAUAGAGAAGUAUCAGAAGGUUCUGUGUCACAUGCUGAUGUUGGUGUGGAAUCCAAGAAAAUUAAGAAUGAUGAACAGAUAUCAAGAAGAGUCUCUGUCAAUGAAAAUCAAGUAGUUGCAUCGGGUAGACCACCUUCCACUGCCAGCACAAUCACAAAUACAUAUGAUAAUGGUUUCAGUGCUUAUGAUGUUAAGGAUGACCUCCAUAGAUCAUUAGAUGGGUAUAAGAAAGUUGAUGCAGGUUCGUCAGUAGUUGUAGAAUCACAAGAUCGCCCACUGGUUGAUUGUGUGAGAAAGGUGCAGUUUUCUUUGGGAAACACUUCCAGACCUCAGGAAACUGAAUAUGUUUUGAGUAAUCAACCAGAACCUGUGACUGCUAUCAACCAUGACCUGAAGCACCAGAAUCUCACGAACCAGUACACUGAUAAUAGCUUGAAGUCUGAUAUGGUGAAUUCUUCGUUGCUUGCAAAACGAACAACAGAGCUUCAGGACCAGCUGUACAAGUUCAGAAAUUUAGUACCUGUUGACCUGAGCUACCCCAUGACACAGGCAUCAGUUAUUGGGUCAUCUACAACAUUAACAAAUUCAACUUCUGCUCCCUUGUUUAAUUACACAACCAACUAUCCCUGUCCUCAGAUGAUUAGUGGGCCUAAUGUUGCUAUAGAAUCUAAUAAAGAGUGUUUAGUGACUUCUGAACCCGUGUGCCAUGGGAAGAUAGUGCAUCCUUCUUAUUCAUUUAACUGCAACAGCAUGAUGUCUGUAGACCACAUUACGAAUGAAACCCCACAUGCCAGCUCCAGAGCUGGUCAAAUUGAACCUAAAGAAUAUGAUGAGAUAGGUAACCAGCGAAAAAACAAUAUGUUGAAGGAAAGUGACAUUUCCAAAAAUCCUUCCCUUCUUGAUGGUAAAGUGAACCAAGCACAAGAACUUUCUGCGGGCAUGCAGUCUCAGCAUGCAUUGCCCAAGAACUCAACUCCUGAUUCAUUGAUUGAAUCUUCUAAAUCUGAGAAACAAGAUAAGGCUCCAAGUGGUAAAUCAACAGCUAGACAUCGUAAAAAAGGUUAUGACUCUGAUUUGUUUUUUAAUGUUAACGGAAAGCUUUACCAACGGCUUGGCAAGAUAGGUAGUGGGGGAAGCAGUGAAGUCCACAAAGUUAUUUCGUCUGAUUGCACAAUCUUUGCCCUAAAGGUGAUCAAGCUUAAAGGCCGUGACUACUCUACUGCAUACGGAUUUUGCCAAGAGAUUGAAUAUCUAAACAAAUUGAAGGGAAAGAAUAAUAUCAUACAACUCAUUGAUUACGAGGUGACAGAUAAAACUUUGUUCCAAGAAGUUGUGAGUGGUUCAAUGAACAACAAGGAUGGAAGAAUCAAAGAUGACAGAUACAUAUAUAUGGUGCUUGAACAUGGAGAAAUUGAUCUUGCCCAUAUGCUAUCCCAGAAGUGGAGGGAAAUUGAAGGCACCAGUUUAACAAUUGAUGAGAAUUGGCUUCGAUUCUACUGGCAGCAAAUACUUCAAGCUGUCAACACAAUACAUGAAGAACGUAUUGUACACUCAGAUUUGAAGCCAGCAAAUUUUCUUCUUGUUAAAGGUUCGCUGAAGCUAAUCGACUUUGGUAUAGCUAAAGCUAUUAUGAGCGAUACAACAAACAUUCAACGGGAUUCACAGGUUGGUACAUUAAGUUACAUGUCUCCAGAAGCAUUCAUGUGCAAUGAAACAGAUUCAAAAGGAAACGUAAUAAAGUGUGGUCGUUCAUCCGACAUCUGGUCCCUCGGUUGCAUCCUAUACCAAAUGGUGUAUGGAAGAACCCCAUUUGCAGAAUACAAGACAUUUUGGGCUAAGUUCAAAGUAAUAACAAAUCCAAACCACGAAAUAAUUUACGAGCCCAUCUCAAAUCCAUGGCUUCUCGACAUAAUGAAGAAGUGUCUUGCAUGGGAUCGAGACGAGAGGUGGAGAAUUCCCGAGCUUCUUCAACAUCCAUUUCUAGUCCCUCAAACCUUACACCAACUUCCUGCAUCCUCAGUUAAAGAUUUGAUUAGAGUUUUACCGGAGUCGUGUAGAAAUAAUCCGAGGGUGGUGGCUCUUUGUUAUGAACUUAGACAGUUAUUGGAACCGGAGUUGAAAUUGAAAGAUGAUUAUUGUUCCAUGUUUGGUCAAAUGUCUAAUGUUUGCAAUCAACUACAAGAGGAACUGUCGGGUGGGUUAGGAGAUGAGUCGAGUUCUUAGUUUUAUUAACCAAUUCAUGUUGGUUGUUGUCAUUUGUGUGUAUUAUUAUGAAUCAAUUUGAAUAUUUACUUCUUUUUUUGGUUUAUGUAGUAGUGUGAAGGCAUUUUGUGCAGUUGUAAGAUCCUUUGAAACUUUUUUUUUUUGCUUUUGUUUAAAUCAUCGUUACUCUGUGU